AUGGGGGCGAAGCUGCGACUGCUGUGCGCCGCAGCGGCGCUGCUGAGCGCGGCCGUGCCGGGACAGCCCGAAGCGCAGGGUGCGCUGCUCCCCGCGGGCGACGGGGACGGAUACGGGGUGAAGCUGUGCGGCAGGGAGUUCAUCCGUGCCGUCAUCUUCACCUGCGGCGGAUCCCGCUGGAAGCGGCUCUCCAUGCUGGCGACGGAGCCGGUUCCCGCGGUCGAUUCUUCUCAAGCAGCAAGUAACAACCUGUUGGGACACGUCAAGCUGCAGUCAGUUCUGGGUCCUGAGAUGGAACAGAUGCAGAGAAGCAACCCGCUUCUUGGAUUGGAGAAACUGAAGGACUUGUAUGCCUUAAGUGACUAUAAUGAAUACGAGCCUGUGGCAGAUGACUUCAAGGAACUUCUUCGCCAGCUAGAAGAGGCUGCUCCGAGGGACAAGGGGGGAGCAGGAGUUGCAGCCCCUGUAGGACCCAGUAGUUACCCGUGGGCCAGGAAUCCCAGAAGAAAACGGGAGUCUCUGGGUUUGGCAGGAAUGUGUUGCAAGUGGGGCUGUACGAAGGCUGAAAUCAGUACUAUAUGCAGAGUUUAAAAUCCUCUCUGCACUUGUGCAUGAAAUCUAUGUUAGUUGCAGUGCUACUUGAUUGAAUACUGUGCAGAGGGAAGAAACUAUGUAUUUUAUUUUGUCUGUAAGUGCCAGUCUAUUAAUAACAACAUUUUUCUUUAAAAAAAAAAAAAUAAAUAAAAAUCCUCAAGUGUAGCCGUAAUGACUUAGUUUUGCUGCAGUAACUUUAAAUCUCUAUUUUUUUAAGAAGUCUUCACAAUUCAUCUUAAUAUCUGGCUGCUACUCUUAUACUGCAAAUGUAAUUAUCUUUGUAACACA